CGGCGUGUGGGGCUGGCACGCGCGCUGUUGUUAUUGGUGCCGCCGGCCACGGCGGAGGAAGGAGGAGGGGGGGAGCGGGCGGGCGCCUCAGUCAGUGAGUUUUUUAAAGAUGGCCGGAGCGGUGGCAGCCGCCGCGACCCCCGUGUACUGUGUGUGCCGGGAGCCCUACGACGUGAGCCGCUUCAUGAUCGAGUGCGACAUCUGCAAGGACUGGUUCCACGGCAGCUGUGUUGGCGUAGAGGAACAUCAUGCUGUUGACAUUGAUCUAUAUCAUUGUCCCAACUGUGCAAUUCUCCAUGGACCUUCUCUGAUGAAGAAGAGGAGGAACUGGCAUAGACAUGACUACACAGAGUUGGAUGAUGGUUCUAAACCAGUGCAGGCUGGAACACGGACCUUUGUCAAGCAGCUGCGAGCUCGCUCUUUCCCAAGUGCUGAUGAAGUAAUUUUGAAAAUGCAUGGAAGCCAGCUGACACAAAGAUACUUGGAGAAACAUGGGUUUGACGUCCCCAUUAUGGUUCCUAAAUUAGAUGGUCUGGGGCUCAGACUUCCUCCACCAACUUUCUCUGUUUUAGAUGUGGAACGCUAUGUAGGUGGUGACAAAGUGAUAGAUGUAAUAGAUGUAGCAAGACAAGCAGACAGUAAAAUGAAGCUACAUAAUUAUAUUAAAUAUUUCACAAAUCCUGUUCGACCAAAAGUAUUGAAUGUGAUCAGCCUGGAAUUCUCAGACACAAAGAUGUCUGAAUUAGUGGAAGUGCCAGAUAUUGCCAGGAAGCUUUCAUGGGUGGAGAAUUACUGGCCAGAUGAUUCUGUCUUCCCUAAGCCUUUUGUUCAGAAGUAUUGCUUGAUGGGUGUCCAGGACAGCUAUACUGAUUUUCACAUCGAUUUUGGAGGAACAUCAGUUUGGUACCAUGUUCUUUGGGGUGAGAAGAUAUUCUAUUUGAUCAAGCCCACUGAUGAAAAUUUGGCACUGUAUGAGUCUUGGAGUUCAUCUGUCACCCAGAGUGAAGUGUACUUUGGGGACAAGGUUGACAAAUGUUACAAAUGUGUUGUGAAGCAAGGACACACUUUGUUUGUACCAACAGGCUGGAUUCAUGCUGUGCUCACGUCUCAGGAUUGUAUGGCUUUUGGAGGAAACUUUUUGCACAACCUCAAUAUUGGCAUGCAGCUCAGGUGUUAUGAAAUGGAGAAGAGGCUGAAAACCCCAGAUCUUUUCAAAUUUCCUUUCUUUGAAGCCAUUUGUUGGUUUGUGGCCAAAAACUUACUGGAAACAUUGAAAGAACUGAGGGAAGAUGGUUUCCAGCCUCCAAGCUAUUUAGUGCAAGGAGUGAAGGCUUUACUUGCUGCUUUAAAAUUAUGGAUGAAAAAAGAACUUGUAACAGAACAUGCCUUUGAAAUUCCAGACAACAUUAGGCCUGGGCAUCUCAUAAAAGAGCUCUCAAAAGUGAUUCGUUCUGUAGAGGAGGAAAACAGCAAACUAGUUAAAACUCAGGGAAUUCUUGGCGUGUGUCCAACUUCACGAUCUUCACACGAAACAACUUCCCCUCACCACUCCAGAAGAAGGGUGAGGAAACUGCGAGACCAUGCUACCAAAACUCCUUCUAAUCUGGACAUCCUGGAACUCCACACUAGGGAGGUACUGAAAAGACUGGAGAUGUCCCCAUGGGAGGAGGAUACUACAAGCUCAAAACUGAACGGGAGAUUUAACAAGCCCUUUCAGCCAUCUUCUACAGUACCUGAAUGGCGAACAAAAGACAAUGAUCUUCGUCUUCUGCUGUCAAAUGGAAGAAUCAUUAGAGAUGAUAGACGCCCAUUUACAGAUCGAAGUCUUUACACAGCAGAUAGUGAAGAUGAGGAUGACAGGACAAGAUCGAAAAAGACGACUGUUAAGGUUGAAGACCAGCCCUCAGGAUUUGAAGGAGAAGGGAAUGCAGAUGCCCCAAAACCACUGAAUAUGUUCUUUGAAAGUGUGAAAUCAGAACUCAGGAAUGGAUCCUCAGAGUACUCUGAUAUUUCUGAUUCAGAAGAAUCUGGGCCUGAUUGCACUACACAGCAGAAGGAUUCCUCCACAGGGGAGUCAGAAAGCUCAGGUGAUGAAGACAAGCAGGAAGUAACAUCAAAUUUCAAAGAGGAAUCUAAGGUUAGGAGAGACCUUUAUCAAAAUACCCAGAAGCCAUCCAGAAAUGAAACUCCCACUAAAAAGGAAUGUCCUACCUCGACAAGUACAGAAGAAGAAGCUAUUCAGGGCAUGCUUUCUAUGGCAGGAUUGCACUAUACUACAUGUUUACCAGGUCAUACUCAAAGCACAGACUGCACAGACAAAAGAACCUCUCUUCAGGAACACAGAAGUUACCCUAGAAGCCGCCAUAAAGACAAACAGCCAUCUCAGAACCACAAAACAAUACGAUGUGGUAGGUCUGUGAAGGAAGAGGAGGGAGACUUGGCAACUUCAGCUUGGGCUCGACACCUGAAUGAAGCUUCAAGUCUGGAUACAAGUAAAACUCAAAAAUAUAUCAAGAAAGAGAGUGUAUCAGAAGCCAGUCAGAAGGUUCAGGAAAACAGAAGUACAGUCCACAACAACAGCUUGAGUUUUCAGCAUGGCAAGUGUACCCGAGACUCCAACCUAAGUCAAGGAGAAUGUCGGCUGAGUGAUGGCAGCCUUAGCCCCGACAGACCCUACGGUGAAACAUCCUUGUCUGUACCGCUUCAUCCAACGAAGAGGCCAGCAUCAAAUCCACCCCCGAUCAGCAACCAGGCGACUAAAGGCAAACGUCCAAAGAAAGGAAUGGCAACUGCUAAACAACGCCUUGGGAAGAUCUUGAAGCUGAACCGAAAUGGCCAUGCGCGCUUCUUUGUUUAAUGUAGCUGCUACUUCUACUACUGCUGUCUUUCCUACACAGACCAGUAUUGAGGUCAACAGAGCCUGGAGCUGCUGUUAUUCCUCUGCUUGAAGCAGACUUGCAUGUACCAUAUAAAACACUGCCUGAUGAACAAAAACAAGAAAGAAAAAAAAAGGACAAAAAAAAAAAAAACAACCCAAUGCUGCAUUUUCACUGUGCCACACCUGCUCAGCAAUAACCAUAUGGGAACGGGGAAAUCUUCAGAGAGACAUGGACUGUGAGAUAGUCUCUCAUCAGGGCUUGAAUAUCAUUUGUUGCUGGUAGUUUCUGACCUAAUUAAUGAGGGGAAGAUGAUGAAGGUGGUUUAUCAAUAAUUUAUUUCUGAUAGAUUUUGACAACUUUUAAAUUUCUUUUUAAAACCUAUUUAUUUGGAAGGCUUUUUUGUGGGGGUUAUUAAUUUAGAUUUAAGAAUGUGAAAGUUUUUAAUAAUGUUUUGAUAAUGUAUGUUUGGUGCAGUGGAGAGCCACAUUAAUUGUGAUUAGUCUGGACUCCUAAAUUUGAUAUUCAGGUUAUAGUCUUAAAUAGGGGUGAGAUGCAUUAUUAAUUAUUUUUUAAAUUAAGGUAUAUGGACUCUUAUUAUUUUCCUGCUUUUUGUAAGCUCUUGGCUGGGCUUCUGUUGACUUGCAAGUUGUGUACUCUCUGCCAGCUUGAUUAUUUUUUGACCUGUCCUCUUUUAAUACAGAUUUAUUUAUUUGAUGAACUAGAAGAGACUCCUAAAGUCAGAAGAGUCUUAUGUCAGUCCAGUAGCUAGCUUGUUUUAAAUGGCACCCCUUUCCUCCAAAUUGGAGUGCAUACUUUUCCUCCUGAUGAUCUGUCUGUGAUGACUUUGUUCUGUAAAACAAACUCCCUGAAAUUGUGUUUGUACAGGUUAUUUGAGAGUUGGUACAAAGGAGGGAAACCUAAUACAUCUUUUUGGACGAAUGGGGACAUCAGUUAAGAUAAAUGUUUCUUCAGAACAAUUACUCUGACAUAACUGGUAAGAUUUACAUUGCAGUCUAAAGAUUUGGCAUAUUACUUAAUGUAGCAUAGAAGAUGCAUUACAACACAUUUUACUGGAGUCAGGAAGGCAGGAGAAUACGUGCUGCUUUCAAAGAUGGGCAAGGCAGACAAUUAAAAAUCUUAACUGGUGCAUAUAUAAGCAUUAAAUAGCUUACUGGUAUCAGAAUGAUCAUUUGUGUCAGGCUUCAUACAGAGCUGAUGGCAAAUGCCAAUUCUGAAUUACUGUAAAUAAUUUUGAUUUAAAAGUUGUAUUUUUCUGUAAUAUAAAAUUAAAUAUUUAACUUCUGGGGGAUGGGAAUGAAGGCAGAAAGGGGGAAUACUUUUACUUGAUUCUGGAAAAAGGGCAUUUUGCAGGGUCCAGCCAAAAUGUAAACGUUAAUAUGCUAGUGACAACAACAUUGUUGGUUGUUUGGGUUUGUUUUUGGUUGUGAUGAGGAAAAAUACUCAGGCAUAGCUGUCUAAGUCAUUGAGUUCAUUUAACUUCCCAUACCAGUUUUUCCUUCCUCCAUAUUCUAUACUGGAAUAAUUUUCUCUUGUUGUCAUUUUUAAGAAAUGAUGCAGCUGGACUUUCCAUAAUAUUUGUGCAGAGUUAUUUUUACGUAAGCUAGAUAAUGAGUACCCUACCCAUCUGUGAAAAGAGUUCUGACACCGAGUGGUUUUGGUUGCUGCAGGGGCAAAACUAAACAACACUACGUUACCCUGUUUCCAGGUUGAGAAACGUCAAAACGUAAUGCAACUGCAAAUCAGUCAGGUAGCUCUCAUGGAUUUACUUCCUCUGGAGAUUGAAAAUUAUAACUUAAAAGUGUUUUUUUGCAGCCCCUCUUUACAUUGUAUUGACUUGACUUCAUAGUUUUGUGUGUGUGCUUAUGGGUGAAAUUUUUUAAGCUUUUUUGUUUGUAUAAUAUGAUUACACAAAAGCAUGUUUUCAGUCCUUUUUUCUUUUGUUAAGACCUUUGGGAAUGGAGUUAGCAAAGGAGUUCUAAAAAACAUAAGAUAAGCUACGAGGUACUCUACAGGUGCUGAUAGUGACUCUUAAGUAUUUAAUGUUCUCAGGUGCUCUGUUUUCUAGAUGGAAAUAGUUAAAAGAGGAUAUUUUAACUGUCUUCUAAUAUUUUCUCACCAAAGUAAGUCAAAGGAAUAAAUUGUGUUGUCAAUAUUAGUUAAAAUUAUAUACAUACUUAAAUACUCUCUGUGCUUAAGCUUGAGCAAAUGGAUUAAUGCCUACCACGCCUUGGAAACUGUUCUAGCUUUAGCAUAUUGAACCAAACUCUUUCCUUCUUGCUGGGUGUGUACUCUGAAGAAUAGAAAAUUCCAGUUUAGAGCAGCAAUCAAAUUCAGAGCAGAACAAAGAAUGAGCUCUUUUUUCCUUAAAGGCAUAUAUUUAAGAACACUUAUCUGAAGUGGAAGUAUGCCAAAAUAGAAUCUGGAGUAAGGAAUUUAAUAAUGUGGAGUACAUUUCCUUGUACGUGUGACUGGUUUAUACAUAGUCUCUUUCCUGACCAUCUGCAUUAUUUAUCUGUAUCUUACUGUUGGAACACAGAUGUGGCUGGACCCAUAUAUAUUAUUUUAUCUUGGGUUUAUUCUUUCUUUACUUUCUGCUUUUUUUUUUUUCUCCCAAGGGCUCUCCACUGUCAUGAAAUUAUAUAGUAAGUCUCUUCACAGGCUGUCAACAGGCAUAGGUUCAUUCCCAUUUUAUUUGGAUAUGUAUGCUUCCAAGAGAAGUUAAUUCUAAUGCUCCACCACAGAAAAAAGUUCUUUGGAAGAAAUUGCCAUGAUGACCAAUAUUAAAAAAAAUAAGAGUAGUAAAAACUGACCAACCACCAUAAAAGAAAAACAGGGGGAAGGGAGGAAGAAGAGGUGGGACACAAAACCUAACCAGUAACCAAAAAGAAAAACAAAAAAAAAGAGAAAAAACCCCUCUCCUGGUAGCUUAUGAAGAGGAUGUGGUGAGCUCACUUCUUUUGUGUAGUUGUACGUAGGGGUAUCUUUUUAGUAUUCUCAAUGACAGCACCACUGCGCCAAUCUUUCUGUAGAUGGUCUGAACCUUAUGUUGUAGUGAAAAGCAAAAGCCCUAUUUUUUAUUCCCUUGCUGUUUCACUUGGGCUGUAAGAGGAAUGGAGUAGGGAACACUGACUUGACAACAAAGAGGAGUAAGCCUGUUAUGGUAACUGAUUCUCAAGGAUAAUCUCUUUUCAAAAGUCAGAGAACUUGGAUUUGACAUAAAGCUUACCACUUUUCUCAUAAACAGAACAGUAGGGGUUUUCCCUUUCUCUAAGUUCUGCCAUUUCUGCAAUUGGAAAAAAACCAAACAAAACCAAAAAAUCAAAACCGUGGGAAUGGAAAGACCACCUAGAAACUAUAUCAAAGACUCUUCCAGCAACUUUCCCUUUUCUUCUCCUACUAUACUUGCUAAUAAACCUUGGCUACAAGGUAGCCUUUGUUGACCUCUGAGGUAGAUUACCUAUGCAACCUAUAAUACUCUACAUGAAUCCAUUCUUAAAAAUAAUUUUGAAAGGGUUAGAUGUUGAGAGUUAAAAUUGUUGCUUUCUAGUCAUGUGGGCGACUUGGGGCUUUUGUUCUUGUGGUGAUUGAAGUGCUUGUGUUACUUUUUAGUAGAGAUACAAUAGAGCACAGUGUCACGAUCACAUUUUAGAUGCUUCAGCUUUCCCUUGGGUUUGCUGUAUGGCAUAAGCUGCCUUCAUUCACAAUGCCAUGAAGCUGUAAAUUGCAGGAUGUUGGAGAUAGAGCUGAUGUGAAUCUUGCUACCCCCUUUUCAGUAAUUGUGGAGAAUAAGUAGAGCUGAAGCUAGAAUGACCUGAAACUAGCACCCUAUUUAGGCUCCAUAUGCCCACCAAACCCUUCGCACUCCCACCAUGACCCCUAAACCUAGCGUCUUUGCAGUCUUUCAUUCAUUAAAUACUUCCAGACCAUGAAAAUCUGUUAGUAGCUCUGAGGUUGAGGAAACCCACAGCUACUCUUUCACAGGAGAAAUACAAAUGGAACCAAGGGCCUUACUGUUUGUGGUUAAAGAAGAUUAAAAGCUGCAAUGUCCGUUUUCAAAUGAAAACAAAAACAAAACCCACCCCACCCCAACAAAAAAAAGCCACCCUGGUAACCCACUCUGUGGGAAUGUAUGAGUGCUAAGUCACGCAGUGGAUGGGAAAUGUAAGUAGCACUGAUAAGGAAAUGCACGACCUUCAUAGGCUGCAUUUUGGGAGAAAAAACAGAAAAACAAACAAAAAAAUGUUCUACUUUUAAUAUAAAUUAAGCCAUAAGAGUUUCAUGCUGUGGGAAGGGAACAAAAGGGAUCACUUUAAGAGAUUAUAUUGAUACAUAUUGUCACUUCUGCUGGGAAAUGUCUAUUGCUGCCAAUGCUUUGGUGAUUUUUUUUUUAACAAAACAACAAAACAUUGAAGUAAAAAAAAUUAAAAAAGAAAAAAAAGAGAGAAAAAAGGGGCUAGUUCUUGGCUAUAUUUACUAGUUUUGUAGUAAGAUUUUGCUGGCCCGUUUGUCUCUUCUUCUCCUUUUUCUACUCUCAUAGUCUAAUUUCUAUCUUUCCUUCUUAUGUCUCUGAAAAUAUUAGCUUGUCUGCUCAGUAGGGGUUGGUGUAUGUGUGUCUUCCUUUUUACAGAAACGCACUACUGUGUUAAGUAUUUGGCUGGGAAAUGGGAUGCUGCAGCUUUAAGAGCAUUUUUUUCAAUUCAUAACAGUAUUUCCCACCCUCUUUUGCCUGCAGGCAGGGAAAGUGUAUGUACAGUAUUUAUUUUGUGUUGAUUUUACUUUAAAUUUGUAAGUUUCUAUAAGUAGUUCACAUUGAUUAUUCUAGGGGAGGACAAGUCGCUUUGUUUAAAUCUGUAUUUGAUAUUCAUAGUUUCCACUUUCUGUACUUUAAAAUACUGAAAUUAAAAACCUGUAUUGCUUAUGUUUUGAUUUUUAGCACUCUAAAGUGUUUAAUUUCUUCAUGCUCCUGCUCAUCUGCUUCAGUGUAAAUACAGAAAAUUGUACAGAAUGUUGUGAGAGGAAAAAUGCUUUCCUAGGUCCAAUCUCUGUGUGCCCUUUACUUGUCACAUUUGAAAGGAGAAAUCUUACGGAGUUAUGCAAGAUGGAUUAUUCCCAUUACUUUAUUUUUUAAUUUUCCAAAGUGCAAAUCUCAUUUCAAUCCAAGUAUAUUACAUGGCAACUAAAUGUGGUUUGUGAAGAUGUGUAUAUUCUUUCUGAAUUCCGAUAUAAAAGGGAAGUGGCAGUGUUCCUGACCUGUCACAUGAGCAGAUCUGUAAGAAGGGUGUGAAAUGGUAUUUUCAGUUCUUGCUACUAAGUGCAUGCUUUUUGUGGAAGGAGAGAGUUCUCUUUCACACCCCCAUGUACUUCGUCAUACUUGCUCUUGUCAUGGAUAACUUCUGUAUGGGUUUCUCCCACCAUGUCUCCUGGUCUACAGUUGUCAGUCCUCCCUGGUUUGAUUCUCUGGCAGUACAUUGUUUUCACGUGGAUACUCUACUCUGGGGUAAUAGAACUAAUUACUGUGUUGCACUUCAUGUAAUAUAUUUUCUUCUGCAAAUAGUGUUCUAUGCUACUGACCUGCUUUGGUGCUGCAAUGAGCAGGUUUGGAUUCUAGUGGUCAUUUUGAGCGCCUUAGACAAAUGUUGUAGCAGUGGCAUUGGAAGAACCAGGUGGCAGAAAUGUUUGCUUUGAGCACCUUUGCAGGUGCUCAAGUUUACAUCUUGGCAUGGCUUCUAGUUUAUAGAGGGUUUAUGGUUGACUGUAAUGACUAGGAGGUCUGCUCAUGGACUGGGACUUCGUUCUGUCAGCUGCUUUACAAAGAACAAGAGUGCUGGCCUCAUCAAACCAUGUACUGCUGAAGUAUAGGACUGAAAGAGUUUUAAAAACCCAAACAAACUACUAAGUUCUGUUGUCAAAUGUUUAAAACAUGAUACUGUAGAUUUUGGAGGAAGAAACCUCUGUUCCAAAACCAAAUUUCAUUCAAGUGAGUAAGAAAUUACAAGGAAAAUUAAUGAUUUAAGUGUAGAGGGUGAAGUUUAAAUAUUUCUACAUUCAGAAAUCAGUUUCUGGUGUAUUUUGACAUGCCUUUACAUCUUUUCAAUUAAUGUGUUAAAGCUGAUGAUAAAUUUGAUUAGCCAAAGAUAUGCCAAAGCUCUCUGUUGGAGCAACCACGUAUUUUUAAAGUCUUGAUCACUGUGAUUGAAGAAGAAUGCUACAGCAUACACUUCUGCCAGACACACACCUAGAUUUGUCAAUGCUUAUAUGAAUGGUUUGGUCUUAAAAUAAAGCUGUAGACUUAAGAGAGCACCUCAGUGGGCCACAAAGACAAAUUUCAUACCCAUAUAAAAGCCUGUAUAAGCACCUUUACUCUUUGUCCUUUUGUUCUUGCCAUAGCUUUUCUCUGUGACUGCUGUUUGGUGGAUAAUAGGUAGGAUGGUGUACUGUAAAACAUGAAAUAUUGUCAAGUUCAGCUUUAAAUGUGGAUGGAUAGCCUUCAGCACCUGGAACUAUAUUUCCUUUACAAGUCACAGUUUUUGGUUUUCUGCUCUUCCAUUUGAGGAAGAUGCCUGGAUCCUAAUGGACAGUGGAUUUUAAGGAUUUCAAGGCUACAAAGUGCAGCAAAGAAAUAUCUGAGGUCAGGGAAUGGGCAAUAUGCUCUCCUUGCUGUCUGAAGACUAAAGUUGUUUGUUUUGUUUUGUGUGUGAUUUUAUUUUAUUUUAAUCAGCAGUAUUCUACUGUGUCUGAGGUAGAGUACACCCUGUGAAGUGCCUACAAACUUGGUUUUAUGUACAUUUGGUGAAGUUCAGCAUCAACUCGAGUGGGUUUUUUGUGACCUGCUGAAGUUGUGAAGCUGUUGUGGUGGUGGCUUAUUAGUGAACACAUUCAACCAAUCCUUUUCUUGUUUGUUUUGUUUAGGUGAAACUUUGGACUGAUGAUGGAAACCUGUGUAGUAGAAUGAGUAUGAGGAAGUCAAUCAUGCUGAGGGUUGACUUAGUCAAAAACAUUGUUUUUCUUUAUAUAGAGAAGUAUUUCUUCUGGAAGCCCCUGAAAUUACACUUUUACUGCUGGUAAGUCUCAAGUCAAAAGUUAAUGAGGACCGAAACUGUAAAACCAGAAUGUUGUUGUUACUCAUUUUCCUCUAACUAGGAAUUAUAAAUGCCUUUGUUUAUAUGGCAUUCAGGGACUGAGGUCUUUACCUGCAGAAAAAAAUAACUGAUGAUCAAGACAGCGCAUAAAGUUUGUCAUUACCAGAGCUCAUAAUGUUCCACCUAACAGCUGACUAAUAGGACAGUUUGCUAUGUUUAGACUAAGAUCUGAUUUCUCUGAAGCCAAGAAUAUUCAGUCUUUAGAAUAAGUACUGCAAGUUUCUGAAGAAUUGUGUUUGGCUUAAUAGAUCUAUUUCUCUGUACUGCUUCUGCUGUAUUUGCUUUGGUCUCUACUUUGAAACAUAUAAGUCAACUAAAAGAACAGUAUACAAAGA